CUGACCUUUGAAAUUCAAUCAGAGCAGCAAAGCAGGAACUGUGCUCUGUGCUCCCUGCCGAUCAUCCAGGAAACUUCUGGUGCUCCUCAGCAGCUGCCCGGAGGUGUAAGAGCCCCCCUGGACACCCUGCCCAGGAGCCAGGGUGAGGGCAACACACUGGAGGCAGUUAAUAUGGCUGGUGUUGAUGCAGGCUUGGAGGGAGAAGCACUUCCCCACAUUUCUGAAGAAGACAUGGAUGAGAUAAGGGCUGCAGCUGAGAAAGGAGACCUCACAGCAGCAGCUGCAAAGGCACAGGAGAUCCUGGCUGAUGCAGACAAGAYCCAGCUCCACGUUGCUGUCACAGGUGACUCGGGCGCUGGGAAAUCUUCUUUCAUCAAUGCCAUGCGCGGCCUGAAGGACCAUGAGAAGGGUGCRGCAGCMACUGGAGUGAYGGAKACAACGUUUGAGUGCACCCCAUAUCCUCACCCUGAGUACYCCAACGUGACCUUCUGGGACCUGCCUGGCAUUGGCACUCCYRRUUUCAAAGCAGACACCUWCCUUGAGAAGGUGAASUUCCACCGCUAUGACUUCUUCAUCAUCAUSUCCUCCUGCCGCUUCUCCAGCAAUGAUGCCCUUCUUGCCAAGGCCAYCCAGGCUCAGGGGAAGCGCUUCUACUUUGUGCGCUCCAAGGUGGACCAGGACGUGAGCAAUGAGCGACGAUUCUACGAUGAGAAGGGAAUCCUGAUGGCUGAAGGGGAGAAGGCAGCAAGUGGGGGCCGGUCCCAGCAGUACGAUGAGAGGGCCGUCCUGGAGAAGAUCAGGGAGUACUGUGAAAAGAACCUGGCCCGUCUGGGCAUACGCUCCCCACAAGUCUUCCUUGUCUGCAGGGAUGGUUUUGGCUUCAUGUAUGAUGGUCCUAGACUGCUGCAAACCUUCUUGGAGGAUCUGCCAAGUGAGAAGAAACUCACCUUCCUAUGGGCUGUGGGUGUCACUUCAAAGGAGGUGCUGAGGAGGAAAAAGGAGGAGCUGAUGRAGUACGUCUGGCUGAAAAGCCUUGCGUCAUGUGGAGCAUCUGUUGGUCCCACCAAGUGUCUCUCUACUGCUUUUGACUCUACAAUCCUGGUGACAUCCCUUAGAGAGUAUUGCCGGACCUUUGGCCUGGCUGARGAAUCCCUGCAGAGGCUUGCAAGGCAGGUGAACAAGCCUGWGGAGGAGCUGAAGGCUGUCAUCAAGUCCCCCCUGCUCCACGAAAUAUCCAAGGAUCUUGUAAUUAAUAYGUUGACCAAGAGCUUUGACGUCGCUGUGAAAUAUGCUCCGAUUUUGAUCAAAUUCUUGCCAAAACAGUUACAGGUGGUAGGCAGCCUGCUGUCUGCAGGUAUUGCUUUCUGCACCAUGUUCUUUCUUUUGAGGAAGUUUCUCUCUGAUGCUGCUGAUGCUGCUGAGUGUGUUCUGCAGAAGGCUUUAGAGGGGAAGACUCCAAAGAGCCACAUGGGGAUCUGAGCAGAAACKGUGCAGGGAUUUGCCAAGCAGACAGUGUCCUUUCCUCGGUGCAGCACUUUGCCUUCCCACACCUGCACGCCAGCGCUCAGCCAGGCUCAGCUCUGCUCAUGCCUUUACUGCCCUUCAACCUCACCGACACCCGGGUGUCCUCGUUCUCUACACAUAUUUUAGUGUCCCUGCUUGGGAUGUUCCCCUUUCAGAGAUUUUCCUUGUAGGAAGCGUUAGAAACGCUGUCUGCUGCGGCCUCGCGUGUUCUGCCCGCUGAGAACACGGGCAGGUUUCCCCCCGGAAUCCUCUCCGGAAUGUGUUGCCAAGGCUGUUCCUGCCUCACACGCAUGCCCAGCGGUCCCAGCAAAGYAGGGGGGCACGUGAGCAUUGGGAGAGCCAAGGGAGGCUCUUCCCUUUCCCAGGGGACACGCGCUCCCAAAGAACUGUGCUGCCCGGAGCUCCUUCUGGUGGCUCCCAUCCUUCCUCGUGCCAAGGCAGAGAGGAGCUCGCCCGCCCGCUGCCGUCUCGGGCCUCCGAGCCCAUCCACCUUGUGUUGGCCAAGUGUUGCCUGCUAGUGACAGCGAAAGCAGCAAAGGGGCAGGAGGGAAGGUGCAUCAACAGGAGUGACUAGUUGGGCUUGCCCUGGUGGACUUUGCUUUUGUCCCCUGGGGUGAGGUUUGUKUGCUGGCGUGUCGCUCUGGCUUUGUGUCUCACUGUGCGUGGGCUCUCUUGCCUGCUUGGGAAUCCCAGAAUUCCAGGGUGAUUGAGGCGGGAAGGAGCCGUGCGAGAUCCCAACCUCCCUGCUCGAGCGGCGUCACCUGCAGCACCCUGCACAGGUCGCAUCCGGACGGGAUUUCAGUAUCUGCUGGUUGGGAAGGAGACUUCCCCGCGGCUCUGCGCAACGUGUUGCUUGUUCUGUCACCCUCACAUUAAAGA